CUCGCAUUAAAAUCUGACAUUUCCCAACUAUUCCACCUUUGCGCAUGACAUACAACUUCCAGUUCCUCGUAGCUUCCAGUAUCCAAUUAAACAUCUCUCUCGUAAAUAAACAACAAAAUUAACAUCGGUUUUCCUUUUUUACUCCAUGCAGCCCACCAACAAACAACAACCAGAAAAAGAAGAACCAAACCAUCUCCGCUUCAUUAUCCCAGUUUCCCAAAAUCCAAACUGGAAGACAUUUGUGGCAACGCAAAGCCAAACUGGCUCCGUCCAGUCCAAGCAGCUUCCAUUGAAAACAGAAACACUUUUCUGGUUAACGAGUUCGGUUGUCGCAGGGUGCGUCGUUGUCGUCGUGAGUGAAUUAUUUUUGUGUCCCAGAGUUCGUCGUUCGCUUGAAAUAAAAUUUACUCAAAUCAAAUAAAAUCUUCGAAUCAAAAUAACAACAAAACAAGAAGCUAGGAUUAAUCUAAAUGGAUAAAUUUAAAGUUUGUGGGUGGAUUAAAUAAAAAGAAAAUGUAAAAGCAACGAAAAAAAAGCAAAAGAAAAAUUGUGCAAAAGCGGCCGCGAAGUUCCACCUGCCGUCUCUUUCUCACCUCAUUCAAUUUAUACGCACAGAGUAUUGUUGUUCGUUGUCAAAGUGUGACAAGUGCAUUUAGCUUGACAUUUGAUGUCAAAAUAUUUUUGUUUUUCAACAAAUUCCAGAGAAUUUCAAUAAAAUUUGUUAUAAAUGUGCAACUUAUCAGUGAAAACCUACAAAAUAUCAACUCAAAAGUGAAGCCCGAUGAUGAUUAUCUAAAAGUGCAAACCCCAAAUGUCGUCGUCGUCGUCGUUGUCUUCGUUGUCGUCGCCAUUCUCAUCCAAUCCCUGUCGUCGUCGUUGUUGUCGUCGUCGACUGCCAGUUUUAUGUUUCUAAGUUCCAAAUUGUGUUGUUCCCCGUAAGUAAAAAUGCGUGCCAUCUAGUUAAUAAUUGAGAAAAGAAGUUUAACUUACUAAAAUAUGCAAGCAAAAAAGCGUUACAUCUUGGUUUUUGUUUCUUGUGCUUUCCUCGCCUAUUGCUACUUCGGCGGCUACCGCCUGAAAGCAGCUCGACGUCCGUCCACGGUAACACGGUCGCGGGAGAAACUCAAUACCUUCGUCGAUGUGGACUUAAGUGAUGGCCAGGUGGAUUACCUAACAAACUUCCGCAAUGAUGUUAGCGUCGAGCAGACCACGCUCUUCGAAUCCAGAACUAAAUCCUGCCGAAUGGAGACCUGUUUCGAUUACACUCGGUGCUUCGAUGAGUUCCUCGUCUACGUCUAUCCACCGGAGCCAUUGAAUUCCCUCGGUGCCGCGCCUCCAAUCAGUUCGAAUUAUCAAAAGAUACUGACGGCUGUCCGCGAGUCGCGUUACUAUACCCCCGACCCGGACAAAGCGUGUCUCUUUGUUCUCGGCAUUGACACUCUGGACAGGGACUCCCUGUCGGAGGAUUAUGUGCGAAAUGUUCCGUCGCGUCUAGCCCGCCUCUCGCACUGGAAUAACGGUCGCAAUCACUUGAUAUUCAAUUUGUAUUCGGGAACGUGGCCAGAUUACGUGGAGAACUCGUUGGGCUUCGAUCCGGGCGAGGCGAUACUGGCCAAGGCGAGUAUGAGUAUCCAGCAAAUGCGUGACAACUUCGAUGUUAGCAUUCCAUUGUUCCAUAAACAGUUUCCAUUGAGGAAAGGAAACACGGGCUUUGUGCAAAGUAAUAACUUUCCGACCAACAAGAAGUACUUGCUGGCAUUUAAGGGAAAAAGAUAUGUCCACGGGAUAGGUUCAGAGACACGGAAUUCACUAUUUCAUUUGCAUAACGGACGAGACCUAGUUUUGGUAACAACGUGCCGUCAUGGUAAAAGCUGGCGGGAGCUUCAGGAUGCCAGAUGCGACGAAGACAAUCGCGAGUACGAUAGGUAUGACUAUGAAACGCUACUUCAGAACUCCACAUUCUGCUUAGUUCCACGUGGAAGGCGAUUGGGAUCGUUUAGGUUUUUGGAAGCUCUUCAAGCGGGUUGUAUUCCGGUGCUAUUGUCGAAUGCAUGGGUGCUGCCAUUUGAGUCGAAAAUCGAUUGGAAGCAGGCUGCUAUCUGGGCGGACGAGCGGCUCUUGUUGCAGGUUCCUGAAGUGGUGCGGUCGAUACCCGUCAACCGUAUUCUGGCCCUCAGACAGCAAACUCAAAUACUAUGGGAACGGUACUUUGGAUCGAUCGAGAAAAUUGUUUUCACAACUUUUGAGAUUAUUCGCGAACGACUUCCUGACUAUCCGGUUCGAAAUAGUCUCAUUUGGAAUACAUCGCCAGGUGCUCUACUAACGCUUCCUACAUUCACAGAUUCCUCUAGAUUUAUGCCAUUUUUAUUGGACUCCCUUGGCAGUGAGCCCCGACACAAUUACACAGCGGUGAUUUAUGUGCAAAUAGGAACGGUGUUGACCCCAAACACAGCCCUCUAUAAACUAGUCAAGAGCAUCACUAAAAGUCAAUUUGUAGAUAGGAUAAUUGUAUUAUGGGCAGCGGAUCGACCUAUCCCAUCGAAAAAACGCUGGCCCAGCUCAAAUCAUAUAUCGUUCCAUGUGAUACCAUUGGGCAGUAGCACAGCGGCGGCAGCUGCAGCAUUGGCAGCGGGCUCAGCAUCGCCAACAACAGACGAACGCCCAAACAUAUCCCAAAGAUUUUAUCCCUACCCCGAGGUGGAGACAGAUGCAGUUCUGUCACUGGACGAAGACGCCAUAUUAAAUACGGACGAGUUGGACUUUGCAUACACAGUGUGGAGGAACUUCCCCGACCGGAUAGUGGGCUAUCCAGCUCGAGCUCACUUCUGGGACGAUUCAAAGAAUGCCUGGGGCUAUACGUCCAAAUGGACAAAUUACUAUUCUAUAGUAUUGACUGGUGCAGCUUUUUACCAUCGCUACUACAACUAUUUAUACACAAAUUGGUUGUCGCUGCUACUUUUAAAGACUGUACAGCAAUCUUCCAAUUGCGAAGAUAUCCUAAUGAAUCUUCUGGUAUCGCAUGUUACUAGAAAACCGCCGAUUAAAGUUACACAACGUAAGGGUUAUAAGGAUCGUGAAGGCGGACGAUCACCAUGGAAUGAUCCAGAUCAUUUUAUACAGCGACAAAGUUGUUUAAAUACAUUUGCCGCUGUUUUUGGUUACAUGCCCCUAUUACGUUCCAAUCUCCGUCUCGAUCCAGUGCUCUAUCGGGAUCCGGUAUCCAACCUAAGAAAAAAAUAUCGCCAAAUCGAACUUGUGGGUAGCUAGCGAUUCAUUUACACAACCUACAGAUAAGUUUAAUCCUAGUUUUGAAAUAAAAUUUCUUUCUAUCAAACAUCAAAAGCAAGAAAAUUAAAUUUACAAAAACAACAACAAAAAUAGAGAAAAAAAAACAAAAAACAAAUUCCUAGCUACUUUUACAAUUUUUUUUUUUUAAUUAUAUUAUUAUUAUUUUUUUGAUUGUUUAAAUUUUAUUUGUGUAAGUUUAAAUAUUAAAUUUUUUGUUUAUUAGACCACUAAGCAUACACACACAAUUAUUUUGUAUAAUUUUACGUUUAAACAUUAAGAUGAACAUAAUAAUAAUAUACAUUUUUUAAAAAACAACCAAAAUUAUAUUUAAAUAAAAUUAUUAUACACUCAACAAACAAAAAAAAAUACAGACAAGAAAAAAAAUGAAUUAAUUUAAAAAAAAUAUAAAAAAAUUAAGAAAAAAAAAAAAAAACAAUUAUGUAAAAAGAAUAUUUUAUACACAAUUUUUGUAAAUUUUAUGCUUAGUUAAUGAAGACAAAAGAAAAUGAUAAGAAAACAAAAAAUAAUAAAAUACAUAUAUUAAAAUAUAGCUAACGGAACAGCUUUACAUUCACGUUAUUCCAAGCUGCAAAAUUGACUGUAAAAAAAUAAUCAUAAUUAAUUAAUUAUAAUAAUUAUUAUUAAAAAGCAAAAGAAAGUUGAUAUAAUUAUAGGAGAACAAAACAAAAAUAAUAAACAUUGUUAUAUAGAGAAAGAUGAAGAAAAGGAAGAAAAAGAUGAAAAUUAUAUUUGAUUUAAAUUAGGACGAAUAAAUUUGUAAUUUAUAUAAAUAAUAACAAUUAUAAAAAAAGAAAUACUCGUAUAAAUGAAUAUUAUGUGUAAAUAUAAAAAAAAAAAUGUAUGUAAUGUAUGUGCAAACAAUCUUUCACAAUCAUACAUACUACUAUUUUAAAUAUUUAAUUAUAACAUUACUACUCGUAUUAUCCUUGUCAUUUACAAUCACAACACAAUUCAGUUGCCAUUUUGCUUUAAAAACAAAAACAAAACAUAAAAACAUAAAACAAAACGACGAAAUAAGACACAAAAAAAACAGAAAAAGCAAGUUCUUUUUCUCACCCCAAUCAAGGACCUAGUAACGAAGGACAAAAAGGAAGAUUUGUUCCAUUCACCUGUGUUCACCACUGGAGAGGGAGAUUUCUAGAGAUUGCUAUCACCACCAUCCAGGGCCUCUUCCCUUCUUCAUUUCAUUGAAACAAAGCACUUCUGACAUGAAUGGAAAAUGUACAUAUCUACGCAACAGACACAAACAAAUAUAAAAAGCAAUCCUAGGAACGAUGUAUGAGACUGCAAAAGAGUCAUUUAUCAAAUCGUUGCUCCAUUCCUGGGAUGGUGACAAAUUCAUCAAGCACUUGUUAAGGCUGUCGCUCCAGCACCAGCAACGCGCAACAGUAACUAUUAAUUUUAUGGGGUCGAGUCAGGGUAGGAUUGACAAUUUUCUUCUUCUAUUUUUUAGUUUAUUGGUAGUUUUUCAAAAUGUCUAAACCCAACUUCAAACUCAUUUUUCAUGAAUACUUGUUUUAGGAUAUUGUAAGGUCCUGCAAAUGGUAGAUUUUUAAAUCCCGCUUAGGUCCUUAAUUUUUCUAUACUCUCGGGGUCGAGAUUCAAAAAUAAAAAGAGCCCUCGUUAAAAAAGUCAAAAGAUAGUUUCCUUUGUACAUAAAUCAAAAGAGUUGGGAAAAAAUGAUUACAAAAUAAAUCAAUUACAAUUACUUGUAAUUCAAAUAUGAAUACACUUUUUCAAUUACUUUAAAAUGUAAUUGAAGAAUUUCAAUUACAUGUUAUUAAAAAGCGCCAAUUACUGUCAAUUAAUUAUAUGUAAUUGAACACAAAAGUAUUGACCAACAAAUUACUGGAAAAAGUAAUCAUGCCACAAAAUAUAAGUAAUCAUCAUUUACAUUAUUCACAUUUUAAGUGAUAUCAACAACUGUAUUCGGAAGGUAAAAGCUCUUAAGUCUAUUUUAACAGUUUUCCAGGAAGUGUAUUUUUAAUUUGCAAUUUAAUUUUGAAAUAAUAAUACAAUUUUCAGUAGCAUUGAAUACAUUAAUAAGUGUUUUCUUUGACUUAAGUCCUUUUACCACAUAAACUUUUCUAGUUUUUCAUUUACGAACUAUCCUUAGAUGUUUUAAGGUCGACUUAACCAAUAUUGUGAUUUUAAUUUAUCAAAUACGAGUAUAUUAAAGCAUCUCGAGUCAAUAUAAAAAAUGUUAAUGCGAGAAAAGUUUUGUGGUAAAAUAUCUUAAGUGGAUAUAAAGCAUUUAACUUUUUUGAUAUCGAACAUAAAAAGAACUUAUUAAAAUCAUUUUUGACAAUUGUCGAAUUAAAUACAAUACAUUCAUACUUAAGACGAAUCAACAUCAACUUAAGUAGUUUUACCCUUUUGCAAAACCUUACGAAUUAAACUUAAGCUAUUUUACCAAAACUUCCUUGUUUUAAAAUAUUUAUUAUAACGUUGGUAAAAAAGAAAAAUAUAUUGUGAACUCUUGGGUCGAAUUAAGACCGUUUACCUUUCCAGCACAUUGUCAAAAUAGUUUCCUGAAAUACUAAGUUCUUUUUUUUAUUCUUUGGAUUGAUAAAUUAUUUAAUCAUUAAUGUCUGCAACACAAACAGGCUUCAGCUUCGACUUCGUCUGCGUUACGUUGAGCCUGCUUCGAGGUUGCUUUGAAUGGGCAGGUUCAGACAACAUAAAGACCUUUAUUUGCAGUCAACUUCAUUCUUUGAACGUACAUUUUGACUUAGGCAACAAGUUAGUUUUUUAAGAGUCAUAAAUUCAAAAUUCAGAAUUUUACUUCAAAAAAGCUCUACUUCAAGUUCAUAGUACAAGAAUUUUGGUAGUUCAUUAUUGUCUACAGAACACUUCUCAAGCAAGCUACAAUCUCAAGCAAGAUACUAUCACGAUUUGUAUUUGGUGUUGUAAAGAAAUCUUACUAAUUUUUUUUCCAAAUUUACAAGGAAGCUUAUUACCUUUAAUGCUUAAAAUAAAGGUGUACAGAAAAUAAAUAAAACAUAGAGUAAUAAAGUUCGGCUUUGUGCAGAAAAUAAAUAAAACAUAGAGUAAUAAAGUUCAGCUUUCGGUUAAAUGAAAAAACAUGAUCAAUUGUCAUUUUGACAUAAGUUGUCUUAACUUGAUAAUUUGGGAGAUUUUUCUUGACUAAUUUUCCAGUCAACUUUUCAAUAAAGUUGACAACUGGCCAAUCAGAUGCUAGAAACUUUUCAAGUCCUUUAUGUCGUCUGAACCGACAUAAAGACGCGGAAGUAGCUUACACACCUACAUAAUAACCAAUGGGAAUCUCUCCAAAAGUAAAUGUAUUUUGUUUAUUGACUUUUGUACAGCUGUUGAGCUGUCAGUCAAAGCAAAUGUUCAGCAAAUUUGAACUAGAGCUUCCGUUUUAAGUCACAUUACGUAAUAUUACGUUCUUUUAAUUACGAUCCGGCUUUGUCUACGUUACGUUGGGCCUGCUUCGAGGUUGCUUUGAAUGACAUUUCUAUUUAUUCAUCCCUCCAAAGAGCAAAUAUUUUGUUUGUUGACAUUUUUUUACUACCGUUGAGCUGUCAGACAAAGCAAAUGUUCAGAUAAUUGAAAACAUUACGUAACAUUACGUUCUUUUAAUUACUUAUGUCAAAUGAAACGUGAGGUCGAAGCUUAAUUGUGAUUGAAUUCCUAUUGGUAAACUCGUAAACGUCAGGCGAAGCCGAAUUUAAAGCCUAUUUGUGUUUCAGCCAUAAAAAAAUUAAUAACUACCUUGACUUUUAAAGUGCUGUCACUCAAAAACAGGAAUGAAACCAUUACAGUUUUAAAUUACAGGUAAUGAGUUAUUACAUUUUUCAAUUACAAUGACAAGUAUAAUUGUAAGGAAAGAAAGUUCAAUUACUUGUAGUUGAAAUGUAGUAAUCAUUAUUUUCCAAUUCUAAUAUUGAAUACAUUUUGUUAUUUUCGACAAACUGAGGAGAAUCCUUUUAUUGAAGUCCAUUAAUAGAAAAUUAUAUAUAGUAUCUCUUCUCUUUUUCGUUUGUUUAAACCUUAACUAAUUUUAUAAUUUUUUUCUAAAGGAAAUGUCAAAUUUCUCUCUAAAGUUCUAUGACGCCCUAAAACACGAAGUUAACCAGUUUCAUAGAAAUCCGCCUACGUUUAGGGAAUAUAAAAGCUUUAAAAUUUCACAUCACUUUUUCCCUGCUGAUGCGUUGCGUUGUUGUUUUUGCUUGGUUUUUCCAUUUAGAAUAUAUUGUUUUUAGUGGCCCUUUUAACAAUGAAAAACACAAAAUUGCCUCUCAUGUGAUGAAUCCUUAUGAUAAAAGGCGAAUUAUGGGAAUAGUAGUAGAAAAUAAAAUGUGAAAACAUCUGUCAAUUGUAAUGUUUCCGCAAUCAAGAAACUUCGGGAAGAUGCGCCUUUCAUUGCUUAAUAGAAAAUAAAUAUUUCCUUCCAUACAAUAUUCGAAAAUUUUAGUUUUAUCAGUUGUUUUUGAAAUAUACUACAUUUUCAACCUCUUUUCACACUUGCAACCCAGAAGUUUCUGUGAACUCGAGUUUUUCCGAAAUAUUUCUGAUAUUGUUUCAAACUGCUGAACCAAUCCAAAAAUCCUAUUGAAAUCCUAUUUUUUUUUAGGUAUCAAAUAUUUAAUUUUAAAAGAAUUUUCUCAAUUGAAUAUUAAGCUUUAAGUCUUUUCUAAAACUUUUAUUUUCAGACAAAUUUUGCACUAUCGUCAAAUGCAUUAAGGUUUUCUUCGAAACGAAAGCGAGCUGCUUUUCUCCUGGAUCCCUAUUUUCCUCACAUGAUUUUAAAGAACAUACAAAAUUUAAUUGGAAGAUAACUCAUGGAAAAAUUUAAAACAUUUAUUUCGAAUUAAAAUACGUAUUUAGUUUCAAUUCCAUGAAAAAGCUUUAAUAAUCUUUUCCAUUGAACUAAAAACAGCUGAAGUUUUUGAAUCAGAAAAAGGAGUAACAACGAUGUACGAUAUAAUCUUUUCCACUUAAACGUUUGUUUAUUUUCAUCUGAUAAGAAUACAAAAUUCUAUAAAUUUUACUCGAAACGGUAAUGUUAAUAUCCUUUUCAAAUUAAAGACACGUGUUUUUGUGAUAUAAGUUUGAAUCAUGGGAAAAAGUAAUUAGUGGGAUUAUUCUCUCAAAAAUAAAUGUAUGAAUUUAGAAGAAUCUUAGGUUUUCGGAAGCAAUCCAAAAUCAUUUGAACUAAAUUGUUCCUUGAUUCUCUAAUAUUUCUGAUUUUUUACUAGAAAUUUGUUCAAACUUUGGUGCUGACAUUUUGAAAUACGGUCAAUUGUUUUUCAGAAAGAAUAUUGCUCAGCGUACUUUUUUUAUUAUUUUCCAAUAGGAAUCUUCAUUUUGAUAUUUAAAAAAAAAAGAUUAUUCUUUUAAAUAAAAUCUAUGGAUGCUUAUUUCAUUUUAAAGAGGAUGAGAAAUUCUCUCAUUUUCAGCUUUAUGUUGUUCUAUAACUUCACCAAUUCCAUCCUUAAGGUCUUCAAACGAUUAUACAGCAUUUCCACAGACCUUAUUCUCCACGUGACCUCAAUUUAAACAAACUUAAAGAAUUAAUUAUAAAUAUCUUUAUGGUCCCUUCAGAUCAAUCUUUGAGAAAGAAUCAGGAAAACAUUCUUACUAAACGAAACAAGCAGUAAGACCUUAAUCUUUAUGCAUUACUGUGCAAUGCCUUUUAUGAAAUCCCUUAUUCCACAGGUCGACGAAGAAUCGACCUGGAGUUUUUGUCAAGCCUACGGGCUACAGCAGCAGUACUAUCAGUUGCUCUUGAGGUUUUGAGUCACACGGUUUCUUUUGUUUACAUCAAUAAUACAGGCCACUCACGAAUUCCAUCGCAAUGGAAAACUUUUACGAAUCCCGAAAAACCGUAUCAGGAAAUCCGUUCGUAAUACAAAAUUGUAUGAGAUUUUCUUCUACAAACGUAUUUGAUAAUAGUUUUUUUUUGGAAUUCGUAGAGGUUUCCGAAUACGAUGGAAUUCGUAAUAGGGCUGAUAUAAAGACAUGAUAGUUUUGUCCACCAAUUUAACUAUUGCCGGGCCAAGAACAUUCUUAACGACAACCCAAAAGUUCAAACUUUUCACUAUUUUUGUAGUAAUUUUUAACAGAAUGACGUAGUUUUGACUUAUCAAAUGUCAAUAGACAGCUUGAAAAGUUACAACUGCCCACAUAGUGGGCUAAGAAAAAUACAACCUCUUAUUGGAAAAUCCUUCGAUUCUGACCUAAUGCCUUUAUUUUCAAAGACUUAAAACUCCUUCAACUUCAGAGGCAUAUUGAUGAACAAUAGUUCAAAUCCUCACCAAAUCCAAACUUUGUAGCCUAUAUUUCAGCAAUGUCGAACUUUCUCAGUCAACUUUUCCCGACAAACAUGCAAAUUCAUUGAGGCUUUCCAGCGCAUACAACACCAUCUGUCUUUCAACUUUUCACGAUUGAAUUUUUGAAAGAAUAAAAUAAAACUAAUACACAAAAAUAAUUCAUAAACUUUUCACUAUGUCAUAUUUUGAAAUCUAAAUAGUGACAAUUUAUUCAAAAAUUCUUAAUGCCGAAAGUCUUCAUUUCCGACAUCAGCACGUAAUAUUGAUUGUUGUGAAUUUUAUUCUACCAACAUAUACAAAACUUUUCGCAACAUUCAUCCUGUUGUUAUGCAUGUUCCCACACAUACACUCGUACGAAUUAUUUGUGAUACUAAAAAUCCUCGUCCUUUCGGUUAUCAGAAAAAGAAAAACAUUUUUAAAUCCUUGUGAAUGUGUAUAGACAAGUUUUGUGUAAUCCAAAACAUUUUCCAUUGUAAUACUUAUGCUCGUUUUAUACAUAAACUGAUAUAUUCUUAUGUGUGUUUUUGUAUAUUUCAAUAAUCCUGACAGUUCUUUGUGAAGUGAAUAUAAUGUUUUUCAGAAUACAAUUGACAUUUUCUUAUGCAUUUUGCUUGGACAAUAUAAUAACAUGAAGUAGUUUAUAUUCCACAAAUUCAAAUAACUCUAAGUCAGAAAUAUGUGUUUUACAGCGGCGGUCAAAAAAAGAUAAACACUGCAAAACUUCACACACUUUAGUGAAAGAACUGAAGAAGAACCGAAUACAGUUGACUCCUGUUAAAGAUUUUAAGCCUUAAAAUUUACUAAACAACAAUAUUGUUUUCUAUUCUUUUUAUUUCGUAAGAUAUUUCAAAUACAUUUUUGAAAACUUGCUAAUCAAGAAAAUUCUACUCCAAAUCAAUAUUUGACAGCAUUUCUUUAAUUUUAAUUAACAGCUGUAAAGUUUCUGACAUAGAAUCGAUGACAGGUAUUGAUUUCCAGCAGCUUUCAAAGAUAUUCCAGAUGCUUGGCUUGCAUCGAGACACUUCCGACUUAACGUCUACCCAAAGAGUUUUAAAUGGGUUUUCAACUUUCAUAACUUCAACUUCGAUAUCCAGAAGCAUUUCUUGGCUAGUUUGCUGAUAUACUUCAGUUGGUUUUCCAAUUUCGUUAGAUGUACAAGGAAACGUCUCAUCCUCCAGUAUCUUUACAAAAAGAUGGGACACGUCUUUAUAUGAAAAACUUCUCCAGUUUAUUAUUCUAGAUCCCUCGUGUUUAUAGUUCUUGAUGUAUUUUCAGGGUUGAGUUAGGAAUUUUGGAGUCUUCUAACUUAUGACCACGAACUUCUGGCACCAUACAACACAAUUUUCUACUCCAAAUCAAUAUUUGAUGGCAUUUCAUCCAUUUUGAUAAACAAAGCGUCUUGACAUAGAAUCGAUAACAGGAAUUGAUUUCCAGCAGCUUUCAACGAUAUUCCAGAUGCUUGGAUUGCAUCGAGACACUUCCGACUUAACGUCUGCCCAAAGAGUUUUAAAUGGGUUUUCAACUUUCAUAACUUCAACUUCGAUAUCCAGAAGCAUUUCUUGGCUAGUUUGCUGAUAUACUUCAGUUGGUUUUCCAAUUUCGUUAGAUGUACAAGGAAACGUCUCAUCCUCCAGUAUCGUUACAAAAAGAUGGGACACGUCUUUAUAUGAAAAACUUCUCCAGUUUAUUAUUCUAGAUCCCCCGUGUUUAUAGUUCUUGAUGUAUUUUCAGGGUUGAGUUAGGAAUUUUGGAGUCUUCUAACUUAUGACCACGAACUUCUGGCACCAUACAACACAAUUUUUCUUUCAUCUAUCCCGAAAAACCAUUUCGAGCUCUAUUUUUUUUGCCACAACUGUAUGUAGUUCAGUAUGAGUAUAAUGGCAGUGCACUUGCCGACAUGUGCAUUAAGAUUUACUGAAAUCCUACCCAAAGGAAAGGUUAAAGUUUAUAUUAUAAUAUUGUAGAUACAUUCUGAGAUACCUUCAUUUAUAAGAUUGUAGAUAGCUAAAGUCUAUUCUUUGGUAUAUAACGAACAUGGUUGUUAUUAUUUUCCUGGCCUGGUAGUACCUUCGAAAUCAUGUUUCUCAACUAAUCGCUUCCAAUUACAUGACAACCUGUUCAACGUCAUUAGUAAACAAAUUUUAUGUUCAGACAAAAUGGAGUGUAUGUACUUUAUAGAAUUUGUAUUAAAGAAGUUUGUUAGCUUUUAUAAUAAUAGAGUAUGCACGAUGUUUAGCCUGAACUCCCCUAACUUGAGGCAUUAAGGUAAAGGUAUGUUGUCUGUCAGGAGCAUUGCAUCAUUAUUUUUCGGUUUUUUUGUGAAGGUAAAGAGAUAGUUUACCCUAUUAGGGAAUAACACUAUCAGAGUUUAAAGUAUCUACUAAACAUUAUCUGAGAGUAUCUAAGGAGCUUAGAUUGUAGUUGAGGUAGGGUUUAUUUUUAAUAGAAAGUCUAAGACGGCGGUUUUAUAAACAUAGUCUAAGCUUCCAGCUACUCGACGGACGGUCACAAAGAGCAAGAAGUAUUCUAUAUCAAAAUAGCCUAGGUGUAGGUAAGGGGAUUUAAAUUCCUAACAUUAAUCACUUUAGCUGACCCGCCCUACAGCGCAUAGUGCUCCUGAGCCUUAAGAAAUAGAUCAAGCCAGCUUACUCGAGCUCUAGCUUGCUGACUCUAGUUUCGAAUGUGUGGGCCUUAACUUGAUAACUACACCAAAGAUGACGUCUGCCUUUGCUUCUUUCAGACUUAGCAUUUAAUACCAUACGGGCUUGAGCUUCGAUGUUCAUGCGCUCUACAUGAUCUAGCCAUCUUAAUCGUUGAAAACGUAAUAAAAUUGGUCCAUAUGUAUAUCGUACCUUCCUCUCGAAGAUACCAAAGGAUCCUUCAUCAACCUGGGAAAGAGUCGGUACUUCGGCACCAUGCAGUAAAACUGGGAUGAUUAAGGUUGUGUAGAAUGUCUCCUUGCUACUUCGCGAUAGGGCGUUAUUCCUCAACUGGAAUUAGCAAGUUUAAGAUGUGAAUCGACUCUUUUCGAUGACAGUAGAUACUUCGUUUUGUGUUCGACAAUCACAAGACACAUUUUAUUCGCUCGGUAUCCAAAAAGACACCAGUAGCUGCUCGUUUGGUUCUUCCCAUAAUGUCGAAGUCAUCUGCAUAUCCAAGAUAUUGUAUGAAUAUUUGAAAGAUGAUGCCAUUGGUGUUGGCGUACCACUCUAUUGAAGUAUCUACAUGACAGCGCAUCGCCUUGUCGAAGUCUUCUGGUGGUUUCGAAGGUUUCGGGUGAGUCUCUACCGAUUUUGACGCAGCAACUAGAAUUUUCCAACGUCAUCCUUAUAAGUCGUAUCAGUUUGGCAGGAAUCCCAAAACUCGACAUGGCACGGUGUAGUUCGUUCCUGUUGACACUGUCAUAGACUGCUUUGAAAUCGACUAUAAAAUGAUGCAUAUCGACGAUAUAUUCUAUGGUCUUCUACAGAAUCUGGCGUAGAGUGAAAAUAUGGUCGAUGGUAGAUUUUCCAGACCUUAUGCCAAACUGAUAAUGGCCAAUCAGUUCAUCUAGUUCCUUACCUAGAGCAUGAAAAAACUGUGUCAAGAGUUUCUCAUCUUAGGGGUGCUAUCGAACAUAUAAGGGUUUACUUACUCAAUUACUUUUUCGGCUCCUGAUCAAGGAGGGUCUCAGCGUGAGAUAUUUGUUCUUCCAUACUUUGCGGUCCCUUGCAAGCUUCUUUCAGUCUUCGAAUCGAGGCGCUUUUGAACUAGCAACUUGCUGCUCCCUAUAUCGGAUGUUCGGUCUUCCUUGUCGUCUCGAACCCGGGGCCUGGGAUUCAAAGAUUUUCGUUACUAGAGAGUUUAUUGUCCAUUAGCUCGAUGUGGCCGAGCUAAUUAAGUCGGCGGCGUGCUUUGCAUCUUUGGACUACAUCAACAUCUUUAUACAGGUCUUAAAAUUCUAAAUAUUUCUUUCUAAAUAGUACUAAAUAUCCGGCGAAGCAAAUUUCUACCGAAAGUGCCCAGGACCAAAUCCUCUUCUUUAAUAUCGUCCAGCAUAAAACUAUACCGCUCUAUUUACUAUUUUUGAAAAAGUUAGUGAACAUUUUUGAAACUACUGGUUUAGUCGAAAUUUGGUGCUACUCAAUUGACUUCCCAACUUCUCUUUAAACUUGAAAAUUCAAAUAGUAAAGGUCUUAGUUGUCUUUUCCCACAAAACUUAUGACAUUGCUUUGAUACAUCCGACAUUUGAAAAAUUUAAAGCGAACAAAGACAAGUCUUAAAUUCUUUUUUCGACAUAUCGAAAUAAUAAAAUUUGACAAUCACUUCUUGUGUCACCUCGCUACGUUCUAGGUCCUUAGAUUAACUUACCGCCGCCAUCUCUCACACUCGACAACAUUAAACAUCAACAAAAUAAACAAAUUACUUUUUAUUUAAACAAAAACAUAAAUUUAAGCAAUAAAUGCAACUAAAUACAUAUCGACUGCCAAAGUUAAAAACAAAUAAAAUUUAAAAAAAUCAAUAUCAAUUAUUUUCUUUGCUAAAUAAAUUCAAUCAAGAAGAAAUUUAUAAUUUCAAUGUUUUAUUAACAAAGUAUACAAAUAAAUCAUUUUAUGCAAUUUCAAUGCUUAACAAGA